AGUGGGCGAGGGGACCUGACAGCUCCACCCUGGCGUGUGCACUUGAGGCCAGGUGGGGGUCGAGGGUCUCCUCGGGGACCAGCGCGAGGCGGAGUCACGGAGAAGCUUUCUGCCAUUCACACGGCGGCCUCGGCCCUGGCCCCGCUGCGGCCGCCCCGCCCUUUGCCCUUCACGGCGCCCGGCCCUCCUUGUCUGGGGCUGCUUUUUGCGCCUGGGCAGCCUGCUUUUCCCCUUUUGCUUUCCUUCACGUCUCCUUCCCCGACUCCAACCCCGGAGUCGCGGGUCCUGCAGUGUCCCAGAAGCCGCACGUAUAACUUGCUCAGUGGGUAACUCAUUCGAUUUCGGAGUUCUUUUAAUUCUUCUGAAAGAUUUCAAGUCUUCUAGAAGCCAAAAUGGGACACAGUAAACAGAUUAGAAUUUUACUUCUGAACGAAAUGGAAAAGCUGGAAAAGACCCUCUUCAGACUUGAACAAGGGUUCGAACUACAGUUCCGAUUAGGCCCCACUUUACAGGGAAAAGCAGUUACUGUGUAUACAAAUUACCCAUUUCCUGGAGAAGCAUUUAAUCGAGAAAAAUUCCGUUCCCUGGAAUGGGAAAAUCCAACAGAAAGAGAAGAUGAUUCUGAUAAAUACUGUAAACUUAAUCUUCAGCAAGCUGGAUCAUUUCAGUAUUACUUCCUUCAAGGAAAUGAGAAAAGUGGUGGGGGUUACAUAGUUGUGGAUCCUAUUUUACAUGUUGGUGCUGAUAAUCACGUGUUACCCUUGGACUGUGUUACUCUCCAGACAUUUUUAGCCAAAUGUAUGGGACCCUUUGAUGAAUGGGAAAGCAGACUUAGGGUUGCAAAAGAAUCAGGUUACAACAUGAUUCAUUUUACCCCAUUACAAACUCUUGGACUAUCUAGAUCGUGCUACUCCCUUGCCGACCAGUUAGAAUUAAAUCCUGACUUUUCAAGACCUAAUAAAAAGUAUACCUGGAAUGAUGUUGGACAGCUAGUGGAAAAAUUGAAAAAGGAAUGGAAUAUUCUUUGUAUUACUGAUGUUGUCUACAACCAUACUGCUGCUAAUAGUAGAUGGAUCCAGGAACAUCCAGAAAGUGCAUAUAACCUUGUAAAUUCUCCACACUUAAAACCUGCCUGGGUCUUAGACAGAGCACUGUGGCAUUUAUCCUGUGACGUUGCAGAAGGGAAAUAUAAAGAAAAAGGAGUACCUGCUUUGAUUGAAAAUGAUCAUCAAAUGAAUUGCAUUCGAAAAAUAAUUUGGGAGGAUAUUUUUCCAAAGAUUCAACUCUGGGAAUUUUUCCAAGUAGACGUUUACAAAGCAGUUGAGCAAUUUAGAGGACUUCUUACACAAGAAAAUAGGAAAAUAACAACCAAGCCUGAUCCAAAGGAACACCUUAAGAUUAUUCAGGAUCCUGAAUACAGAAGGCUUGGCUGUACUGUAGAUAUGAACAUUGCACUAGCAACUUUCAUACCACAUGACAAGGGCCCAGCUGCAAUUGAUGAAUGCUGUAAUUGGUUCCGUAAGAGAAUUGAGGAGUUAAAUUCAGAGAAGCAUCAACUCAUGAACUAUCAUCAGGAACAGGCAGUUAAUUGCCUUUUGGGAAAUGUGUCUUAUGAACGUCUGGCUGGCCACGGCCCUAAAUUAGGACCUGUCACUAGAAAACAUCCUUUAGUUACCAGAUAUUUUACGUUCCCAUUUGAAGAAAUGACCCUCUCCGCAGAAGAAUCUAUGAUUCAUAACCCAAAUAAAGCUUGUUUUCUGAUGGCGCAUAAUGGAUGGGUAAUGGGAGAUGAUCCCCUUCGAAACUUUGCUGAACCUGGCUCAGAAGUUUAUCUAAGGAGAGAACUUAUUUGCUGGGGAGACAGCGUUAAAUUACGCUAUGGGAAUAAACCAGAAGACUGUCCUUUUCUCUGGGCACACAUGAAAAAAUACACUGAAAUAGCUGCAACUUAUUUCCAGGGAGUGCGUCUUGAUAACUGCCACUCAACACCUCUUCAUGUAGCCGAGGUACAGAAAAACAAUUCAUCUACAUUAAGCAAAGAAAUCAUUGCCUCAAAAUUAACUUUGGCUGAACUGAAUCAGGUACUUUACCGAUGUGAAGCAGAAGAACAAGAAGAUGGUGGAGGCUGUUAUGACAUACCAAACUGGUCAUCUCUUAAAUAUGCGGGGCUUCAAGGAUUAAUGUCCGUCUUGGCAGAAAUAAGACCAAAGAAUGACUUGGGGCAUCCCUUUUGUGAUAAUUUGAGAUCUGGAGAUUGGAUGAUUGACUAUGUCAGUAACCGACUUAUUUCACGAUCCGGAACUAUUGCUGAAGUUGGUAAAUGGUUGCAGGCUAUGUUCUUCUACCUGAAGCAGAUCCCACGUUAUCUUAUCCCAUGUUACUUUGAUGCUAUAUUAAUUGGUGCAUACACCACUCUUCUGGAUAUAGCAUGGAAGCAGAUGUCAAGCUUUGUUCAGAAUGGGUCUACCUUUGUGAAACACCUUUCACUGGGAUCAGUGCAGAUGUGUGGAGUAGGAAAGUGCCCUUCUCUGCCACUUCUUUCACCUUCACUUAUGGAUGUACCAUACAGGCUAAAUGAGAUCACAAAAGAAAAGGAGCAGUGUUGUGUGUCUCUAGCUGCAGGCUUACCUCAUUUUUCUUCUGGUAUUUUCCGCUGCUGGGGAAGGGAUACUUUUAUUGCACUGAGAGGUCUACUGCUGAUUACUGGACGCUAUUUAGAGGCCAGGAAUAUUAUUUUAGCAUUUGCUGGUACCCUAAGACACGGUCUCAUUCCUAAUCUCCUGGGUGAAGGAACUUAUGCCAGAUACAAUUGCCGGGAUGCUGUGUGGUGGUGGCUACAGUGUAUUCAGGAUUACUGUAAAAUGGUUCCAAAUGGCCUAGACAUUCUCAAGUGCCCAGUUUCCAGAAUGUAUCCUACAGAUGAUUCUGUUCCUUUGUCUGCCGGCACACUGGAUCAACCAUUGUUUGAAGUAAUACAGGAAGUAAUGCAAAGACACAUGCAGGGCAUACAAUUCCGAGAAAGGAAUGCUGGUCCACAGAUAGAUCGAAACAUGAAGGAUGAAGGCUUUAAUAUAACCGCAGGGGUUGACGAAGAAACGGGAUUUGUUUAUGGAGGAAAUCGCUUAAAUUGUGGCACAUGGAUGGAUAAAAUGGGAGAAAGUGACAGAGCUAGAAACAGAGGAAUCCCAGCCACUCCAAGAGACGGGUCUGCUGUGGAAAUUGUGGGCCUGAGUAAAUCUGCCGUCUGUUGGUUGCUGGAAUUAUCCAAAAAAAGAAUUUUCCCUUAUCAUGAAGUCACAGUAAAAAAACAUGGAAAGGUUGUGACAGUCUCAUAUGAUGAGUGGAACAGAAAAAUACAAGACAACUUCGAAAAGCUAUUUCAUGUGUCAGAAGACCCUUCAGAUUCUAAUGAAAAGCAUCCUAAUCUGGUUCACAAACGUGGCAUAUACAAAGAUAGUUAUGGAGCUUCAAGCCCUUGGUGUGACUAUCAGCUCAGGCCUAAUUUUACCAUAGCAAUGGUUGUAGCCCCUGAGCUCUUUACUGCAGAAAAAGCAUGGAAAGCUCUGGAGAUUGCAGAAAAAAAUUUGCUUGGGCCCCUUGGCAUGAAAACUUUGGAUCCAGAUGAUAUGGUUUACUGUGGAAUUUAUGACAAUGCCUUAGACAAUGACAACUACAAUCUUGCUAAAGGUUUCAAUUAUCACCAAGGACCUGAGUGGCUGUGGCCCAUUGGGUAUUUUCUUCGUGCAAAAUUAUAUUUUUCCAAAUUGAUGGGUCCGGAGGCUAAUUCCAAGACUGUGUUUUUGGUUAAAAACAUUCUUUCCCGACAUUACGUUCAUCUUGAGAGAUCCCCUUGGAAAGGACUUCCUGAACUGACCAAUGAGAAUGGCCAAUACUGUCCUUUCAGCUGUGAAACACAAGCCUGGUCAAUCGCUACUAUUCUUGAAACACUCUAUGACUUAUAGUUGAUUCAUGGAUAUGUAUUAAGUAUGCAGUCACUUGUAUUAUGGAAUGCAAGGUCAAAAUAUAAUGUAAAUGUUUUAUAUGCACAGGCUUGAGUCAUUUUAAAAAUCUUAUUCAUAAGAUAUUGAUGCCCAGUUAGGUAAGACUUUAAAAGCAUUGAUCUUUCGUUUUGUUUUGUUUUUUUAAUGUACACAGGUAGCUUUUGAUUUGAAUCAGAAAGAAAAGCUAUCAUAACCAAUAGGAUGUUUUUCUUUUGAAUUCAGGAAGUAUUCUUGAAAUGCCUAGAAAUAAAGAGUUUGAUCCAGAGUUUGAAAAAGAAAAAUCAUGUAAUCUACUGUACAUAAGUGAAAACGAAAUAUGAGAAUGUAAUAAUGAAAGAAAUGGAAAAGUAUUUUUAAAUUGUGGUAUUAUAUUUUCUUUAGUAAUAAUACAUACUGAAUAUGCUAUAGUUAACUAAUGUUCUCACCUUUUACUGUAUUAUUCCUAGCAUCUUCCAAACUGCAUUCGAUAAAUAUUAACUAAAUAUUGAAUCAUGGAAGUAUCUAUCUAGUUCACUGUGUGCUUUUAUUUCACUAAUAUAUUAAUAUGUUUUUAAUAUAAUGAAUGCCAUAAUUUGCUUAUGUUAAUGAUGCAUACAUAGGAUGUAUGAAAAAAACACAAGCAUUUAAGAAUUUAUUUCCCACAAACAGUUUUGUAGAAUUAAUCUUGAGUUCCUGCUUCCUACUGUGAGAUGGUUUACAUUCUCAAAAUGCACAUUGUUGGUCGUACUUAUGAGAACUUUGAAGAAAAACAUGCUAAAUUAAUUUUUCUAAAACGUAAUUAUUUUUAGUUUGUGUGUAAAAGAUAUUGAUGGGUCAUAGUAGAUGCUAGUUUCCUAUUAACUAAAACCUACAUUGACAAGCUUAGCAUUGAGAACAACCUUGAUGUAAUAAAAAUAUAUGAAUUUAGUAGUUA